AUGACUGUUUUCCGUCCAUGCAGGCAUAACAUCCAUGUAGAUGCAAAGGUAGAUGUGGAUGUAAACGCAAACUGCAAUGCAAAUGCGGAUGCAAACACAAAUGCACCUGCAGUUGCCAAUCCAAAUGCAAAUAUUAAUGCAGAUGCAAAUGCAAAUGUAAGUGCUAAUGCAAGUGCAAAAACAAAGGCCACAACUAACGUAACUACAAACGCAAAAGCAUACGUGAUUGCAAACGCGGAUGCGAAUGUAAAUGCAAUCGCAAAUGCAAAUGCGUAUGCAAAUGCGUAUGCAAACGUAGAUGAAAACGCAGAGGCAAACACAAAUGCAAAGGCAAAUAUCAAUAUAAAUGCAAACGCAAAAGCAAAAGUUACUGCAAACGCGGAAGCAAAUGUAAAAUCAAGCGCUGUAAAUACAACUGCAAACGUGAAUACAAACGCAAAUUCAAAUGCAAAUCAUAUUUUAAAUGCAGACGCAAAUGCUGAUGUAAAUUCAAGAGCGGAUGCAAAAGUAAUCGUUAAUGCAAAUGCGAACAUAAGAGAAGACGCAAAUGCAUAUGCAAAUGUAGAUAAAAAUACAAAUGCAAACACGAAUGCAAAGGCAAAUGUCGAUGUAAAUACAAACGCAAGAGCAAAUGAAAAUGCACAUGCAGAUGCAGAUGUAAACGCAAACUGCAAUGCAAAUGCGGGUGGAAAUGCAAACAAAAAUGCAGAUGCAAGUGCAAACACGUAA